AUGAGAAUCGGGUUUCUUGGCUUGGGCCGGAUGGGCACGCCCAUGGCCCUCAAUCUCUGCAAGACGUAUCCCACAACGGUUUGGAACCGGACCGCGUCCAAGUAUCCUGCAUUGACCGCGGCCGGGGCCAAGAUUGGCCACACGCCAGCCCAGGUCGCCCAACACUCGGAUGUCAUCUUCACCAUGCUCUUCGAUGCGCCGGCCACCCAGUCCGUAUUCGACGACGGCCUCAAGCGAGCCAUCAGAAACAAGACAAUCAUCAAUACCAGCUCGGUGCCCGUGGAAUUCAGCCAGGAGCUCGAGAGGCAGAUCCUGCGCGCGGGCGGGAGCUACGUCGAAAUGCCCGUGAGCGGGAGCAAGGUGCCCGCCGAGCAGGGCAGGCUGGUGGGAAUGAUGGCCGGCGACGAGGCCGUGUGCGAGCGGGUGCGACCGCACGUGCAGCCGCUCACCUGUGCCUCCGUCUACUGCGGCCCGACGGGCUCGGGGCUCAAGAUGAAGUACGCCAUCAACGCCUACCUGAUCACCAUGACGGCGGGGCUCGCCGAGUCCAUGAGCCUCGCGCAGGCGCAGGGCUUGGACCUCGACGCCUUCGCCGAGGUGCUGGCGGCCGGUCCCCUGGCCUCUGCGUACUCCGGGCUCAAGGUGGGCAAGGUCCUGGCCGGGGACUGGUCGGCGCAGGCCGCCAUCAAGGACUGCUACAACAGCACGCAGCUCAUCCGGGCGGCGGCGGCGGCGGCGCACACGCAAUCGCCGCUCGUGCGGCUGUGCGGCGAGCUGUACAGUCAAGCAAAGGCAUCCGGCAUGGCAGAGGAUGACAUGAUUGCCGUGUUCAAGGUGCUGGCUGGGUCGACCGCUACUCCCUCUACGUAG